AUGACGUCUUUUGUGAUGUGGUGCAUGGUUCUCAGCCUGGCAAUCCUGGUUGAGGUCUAUGCUGCGGAUGAACAACCGCAGUGUGAAGCACAUGAAUAUCGCCGGAUCAAAUUGUUCAAAGGUCACAUUGCCAAAGACCCGCCUAUGUGGGAAAAAAGAGAAGAAUUCAUUGCUGCCAAAUGCGCGAAGCUGUGCUCAGACGAUGAACACUGCAUGUCCUUUUUCCACAACGAGUUUACUGGAUCAUGUCAAGCCCAUGCUUUCUUAUAUACGAAUCCGAGUAGGGUGACCCGGAACGAUGGAUUUCAGUACUUCAGGUUCUACCCAGAGGGAUUUCAAAUCGGAGCCUACUACAACUACGAACCAUCACAUAACGGAGUCUACACUAUCAACCAUCCACAAGGACCAUUUCAGGCCUACUGUAAUUUUCCUGACAACAUCAACAACUACGCAUGGACGGUGAUUCAAUACCGGUACGAUGGGUCGGAAGGAUUCGAUCGCACCUGGGACGAGUACAAAGAAGGAUUUGGUGACCUUAACAAGGAGUUUUGGUUAGGAGGUGAUGCUUACUUGAAGUACAGAACAGAGAAAAGUGAAGAUUCCAACGACCGUACCCACAAUAAGGAGGCCAAGGCACAAAGACAGACCUUGGUUUCAGAUGAAGAUCUCCUUUAA